AUGCGAAAGGUGAACCCAUGGAACUGGUUCACCAAGAAACGUGGGCCCGGCUACCCUCGAACCAUCUUCAUCAACGAGCCGCUCCCAGACGACUACUAUGACAAGAAGGGCCGCGUCCUCAAGAACAAGUCGUUCUGCUCCAACCAGAACAUCACUUCCAAGUACACCAUCAUCACAUUCGUCCCCCGCAACCUGCUCGAGCAGUUCCGAAGAGUCGCCAACAUCUUCUUCCUGUUCAUCGCCAUCCUGCAGUUCUUCCCCAAGUUCUCGACUAUCUCUCCCGGUUUGGUCAUCCUGCCCCUCAUCGUCGUGUUGGCGAUCACCAUGCUCAAGGAUGGUUACGAGGACAUCAAGCGCCAUCAGUCCGACCACAAGGUCAACCACUCGGUCGUGCACGUUCUCGGUGGAGGAGGCUACGUCAACCCGAACCCGACGAAACCAAAGAGCAAAACCUUUGUUCGUGGCAUCCCCCUCCCGCACCGCAGGAGCAAGAAGAAGGCCGCCGCCGAGAAGGAGGCGCGCAAGAGCCUUAACCUCGACCCGGAGCGCGCGGCCUCCCCUCCGCCCCGCAUGAGCCACGAGGAGAUCCGCCGCGUUCAGUCGCACGUCUCCAACUGGGACGAUGACCCCGAAGCCGGUGACAGUCCCAAGGAGCUGGGCUGGCAGCGCACCAUCUGGGAGGACGUCAAGGUCGGCGACAUUGUCAAGAUCUACGACAACGAGCAGAUUCCUGCCGACAUUGUCAUUUGCGCGACCUCUGAGGAGGAAGAUGUUUGUUUCGUCGAAACGAAGAACCUCGACGGAGAGACGAACCUCAAGUCCCGCCAUGCAGUCCCCGGUCUUACGUUCAUGGACAAUGUCGAAUCCGCGUCGCAGGCGCACCUCCACCUCAACAUGGAUGCGCCCGAGGUCAACAUGUACCGUCUGAACGGUGCCGCCGUUCUGCUCGGCGACUCGGCCCGCGACCCCUCGAACCCGGAAAACACUCACCCCAUCUCGUUAGACACGUCGCUGCUUCGUGGCUGCGUGCUCCGUAACACGGGCUGGGUCAUUGGCAUCGUGGCAUUCUCCGGUGACGACACCAAGAUUGUGCAGAACUCGGGCGGCGCGCCUAGCAAGCGCUCAAAGGUUGAACGUCAGAUGAACCCCCAGGUCAUCUUCAAUCUCUUCGUCCUCGGUCUCAUUGCCAUGGUGUGCGCCAUUGUCGACCACGUCCUCGAGAAGCGCUGGGUUAAGCGCGAGACGUACUGGACGCUGUAUGACGACCGCCCGGGAGACAACCCCAACGUCAACGGUAUCAUCACGUUCCUCAAUGCGCUCAUUACGUUCCAGAAUAUCAUCCCGAUUUCGCUCUACAUCUCGAUCGAGUUUGUGCGCACCGUCCAGGCCCUGUUCAUCUACUGGGACCACAACAUGCAGUACUUCAAGAACGGCCACAAGAUCCGCACAACCGCCCGCUCAUGGAACCUCUCCGACGACCUCGGCCAGAUCCAGUACAUCUUCUCGGACAAGACGGGUACGCUCACCCAGAACGUCAUGGUCUUCAGGCAGUGCUCCAUUGGCGGCAAGGUGUACCUGGGCGACCCGCCUUCGCAGACCGAUGAGAACGGCAAGGAGAGCACCCUUGACCAGCAGGACAUGCCCGUCGUCGACAAGGUCAAGUCUACCGACCCCGACACCCCGACCGACUCGACCGUCGACGACGACGCCACUUCGGAGAAGAAGAAGCCCAAGGUCCGCGAGACUCCGGUCUUCCACGACAACGAGCUCACCCACGACAUGGAGGACAGCGACUCGGAGCAGGCCAACAUGAUCAACGGUUUCUUCACCGUUCUCGCUCUCUGCCACACUGCGCUCGCCACUGAGGACGAAGACGGCAACAUUGAGUACAAGGCUCAGUCGCCCGAUGAGGCUGCGCUCGUCCAGGCCGCCGCCGACGUCGGUUACCGUUUCCGUGGCCGUGACCGCAACAUCCUCCGCCUGGAGACGCCCUUCUCCGACGAGAUUGAGGAGUGGGAGCUGCUCAACGUCCUCGAGUUUAACUCUGCCCGCAAGCGUAUGUCCGUUAUUGUGCGCAAGUGCGACGAGAAGGGCCAGCUCUUCCUGCUCUGCAAGGGUGCCGACAACAUCAUUUUUGAGCGCCUGAACAAGGCGGAUGCAACUCAGCGCGAGCUCAUGGACAAGACCGACAAGGACCUGCAGGUGUUCGCCUCUGAGGGUCUUCGCACGCUCUGUCUCGCCUACCGCAUCCUCGACUACGAGGAGUACGACGACUGGCAGCGCCGCUACCACGAGGCCGAGGUUUCGCUCGACCACCGCGAGGAGAACAUUGACGCCGUUUCCGCCGAGAUUGAGUGCAACCUCACGCUUCUUGGUUCGACCGCCAUUGAGGACAAGCUCCAGGACGGUGUUCCCGAGUGUAUUGCCGACCUCAAGCUCGCGGGCAUCAAGGUCUGGGUCGCUACCGGUGACAAGCUCGAGACCGCCGUCGCCAUUGGCUACACGACCAACCUGCUCACGCCGGAGACCAACCUCAUCAUCAUCCGAGGAGACUCGCCCAGCGACAUGCGCCGCUCGACCCAGCUUGCGCGUGUCAACACUGGCGUCCGUUCCCUUGUCGGUGACGAUAACGGCACCCGCCCCGGCGGCUUCUCGCUCGUCAUCGAGGGUCACGCUCUCGCCGAGUGCUUCCAGGACCCCGAGACGAAUGACCUGCUCCUCGCCCUUUCGAUGAAGUGCAACACUGUCAUUUGUUGCCGUGUCUCGCCGCUGCAGAAGGCCCAGAUCGUGCGUCUCAUCAAGGACAACCUUGGUGUCAUGACGCUCGCGAUCGGCGACGGCGCCAACGACGUUUCCAUGAUCCAGGCCGCCGAUGUCGGUGUCGGUAUCUCGGGAGAGGAAGGUUUGCAGGCUGUCAACUCGUCCGACUACGCCACUGCCCAGUUCCGCUUCCUGAAGCGCCUUCUUCUCGUGCACGGCCACUGGUCGUACUUCCGCAACUCGACCAUGAUCUGCAACUUCUUCUACAAGAACGUUGUCGGUAUCGGAGUCCUGUUCUGGUACAUGAUCUACUGUGGUUGGUCUACGACAUACGUCUACGCGUACGUAUACCUGCUGUUCUGGAACGUGUUCUGGACGCUGUGUCCCGUCAUCGCCAUCGGUAUCUUUGAGCGCGACGCCGACGAGGACUCGCUCAUGGCCUGCCCGCCCCUGUACCGCUACGGUCGCGAGGGCAAGUAUUACAACUGGCCGCGCUUCCUCUACUACCUUUGGGAGGGCGUCUACCAGACGGCCAUCAUCUACUUUAUCCUCUGUUACACCUACCACGUCACGACCACCCGCGGCGACGGCUGGGAGGUGUACAAGGACGAGAUGUCGACGACCAUGGCGAUAGGAGCUGUCAUGGCCGCGAACCUGUUCUCGGGUCUCAACAUUGAUGCCUGGUCGUGGUGGGUCGUGUUCGCCGUCUGGGUCGGUCCCUUCCUCAUCUGGGUCUUCACGGCCAUCUACUCGAUUGUUCCGCCGACGACCUACUUCUCUGGCGUGUACGGUAACGACAUUUUCCUCUUCCGCUCUGCCGCGUGUUGGUUCGGCUGGCCGUUCGUCCUCAUCAUGUCGCUCAUGCCGCGGUAUCUGUACAAGUACUGGCGCCAGAACUUUGGCACGAACGACAUUGACCUCAUGCGUCUCGUGCGCAAAUACAACCCGAACGUCAACGUGUACACGGAUCCGCGUCUCGGUGGACACUUCAAGCGCGAGGUCGCCGAGGUCGAGGCCCCGCUUGACCGGUACCCGACCGACGGCUACGGCCACCACUACAACGACAACUUUGAGAUGAUGGCGCCGUACGACGAGGGCAACACAUCGGACAGCUUCCAGAUGGACGACAUGCACCGCCGCCCCUCGACUGACUCGCGGCAUCACGCGGACCACCCCGUGCCGCAGUACACUGGCGCGGCCCCCGCGCGUCCCAGCUUCCAGAGCGCGCGCCCGUCCUUCCAGUCCGCCCGCUCGUCUGGCCGAGGUAGCGCCAUCGACAUGUCGACGGGUCUGAGCCAGCAGCCCAGCCGCGGCUUCGGGUUCACGAUGGAGGAGAACGGCGUGGCGAUCCGGCGCAUGCAGAGCCGGCUGUCGCAGGCGUCCGUCGAGCGCGGAAAGCACUACACGCUCCGCCGGCUUGCGGCGCAGAACCGCCGCCGCAACGCCGAGAACAACAACAGCGAGCCUGGCACGUCGCCCUUUGGCAAGCUGCGUACGCGUGCGGGCUCCAUCCUCAAGGGAAGCAGGAACCGCUCCUCGACGCUCAAGAGUCACAACACGGCAACGUCGUCCGAGAUGCACGGACUCAGCGAGACGCUGGAUGACCCGCGGCCGUGA